GGGCAUCGUUAGAAUCAGCCUUACACGAGACAGAAUUCAGGGAAAGGAGGACUGGAGGAGGGCGCGGCGGCGACGAGCUUAGCGAUACAGCGGCACCGGAGAGCUAGCCGCAGCCUCGAUGCUCGCGGGGAUCUGAACUAGUGCCGCUGCCCAAUCGCGCCGAGGACUGUGGCGCUCACUCCUCAUAUCCCAUUUCCAGCACUCGUUUCUCCAUUUCCCACCUUCCCAAACGCCACUUAAAAGAGAAAGGAGAGCAUCGCAGUGGCACACGCGCAAUGGAAGGCUCGCUGGUGACGCGCCUCCCGGAGGCUAACUCCCUCCCCGACGGCUUCGUUCCCGACUCCGAGAGCCCUGGCACGGACGCGACGUUUCCCUUCUCCGCGCCCAUCGUUGAUGAUGCGCUCAACUCCGAUAUCCCCGCCGCGACCAACCCAGGCGGCGAGGAAACCCUAAACGAUCCCCCCCUCCCUGCGUCCAGCGCCGAAGAUGCCUCCUCGGCCGCCGCUGCUGAAGCCUUGGGCACACUUUCUCUGGACGCUGCCGCCGAGCCAGAACGCGCUCUAGAGGAGAACGGACCCACCGGCGCUGCAAGAGGUGAAGCAUCCUUGAAGAAUUGUGCAUCAGAGCUAGGGAGCGUUGAGCCGAAACGUAAGGUUGUGAAACGUAGCAAGCUUGAGAAGGACAGAGAGUUGUUUGAACUGGCCCAGCAAUACCACAAAGUUGUUGCAGAAAGGGAUGCAGCCAUUGGAGUUAAAGAAAAACUAGAAUCUCUUUGUAGGGAGUUUCAGCGUCAAAACAAAAUGCUAAAGGAAGAGUGCCAAAGGGUGUCGACGGAGGGACAGAACAUGCGUAUGGAAUUGUCUGAAAAAUUUGAUAUCGCCAUAAAGGGUGUCAGUGUCAAGCUUGAGGAGCAGAGGGUUGAGUGCAUUGCUCAGCUAGAAGAGAACAAUAUGUUGAGAAGUAAACUCAAAGACAUUGCUGAUCAGUAUAACAUUACUCAGCAGAAAUAUGCUCACCAAUUGAAAGAGAAAAUGAUGGAACUUGAGCUUGCUGAUCUGAGACUUCAACAACAUCAAGAGAAGGCUGCUCACGAACAUACCCAAAUGCAGUUGUAUGCCGAGCAAGUUUCUCAGCUUAUGACUACUGAGAAGAACCUGCGGUUGCAACUAGCUUCGGAUGGAGAAAGAUUUCAGCACUUUCAGGAUGCCCUGUCAAAAAGCAAUGAAGUCUUUGAAACUUACAAGCAGGAGAUGGAAAAAAUGAUUUUGGUGAUAAAAAAUCUUAAGAAGGACAAUGAAUUUCUGAAGGGAAAAUGUGAGAACUCAGAUAUUGCUCUUGUGAAGCUCAUUGAAGAGCGUGAGCUAACGAAGAAGCAAAUAGAGAAAUUGAAAAACCAAAAGGAGACACUUGAGUCCCUGUGUCGAUCACUACAGGCAGAAAGGAAACAAGGCCGCUCCGCCAGUAUUCCAGACGCCCCUUCUAGCCAAGAAGACAUGCCAGCGACAAGUCAAGAAUCUUAGCAUAUGUGCUUGCCAAUAUUCCGUUGGUGUCCGUUACAGCUUGCCGGGACUUCUGAAGCCUGAGAAAUGAAUAUGUUACUGAUAUCUUGUUUUGCUUGAGUUUGCGGAAGUUCUGGUCCCAUUUAACACAUACUCAGCUGUCAACCUACUCAGGCCUUUGGGGAUUGUAACUAUAACCUAGAGUUGCAUUCCUCUACAAGUAACUCGGUAUUGUUACUAACCAUAUAAGCUAUCCGUUGUUCCUUGUUUUUUGUUCGAGACAAAGGCUGUUGCUGGUAAAUGUUACCAAUCAUAUAAGCUCUCAGUCGUUCCUUUUCUUGAUUUUGUUUGAGACAAAGGCUGUUGCAUUGUGGGUGUGUUGGUUCC